AUGGCAGGAGCCAAAUCAUCAAAGAAACAAGGCAUAAAGCGCAAAAGCCAAAGUAAAUCGUCAUCCUCGAGGAAGAAAAUAAAAAUACAGCACAGAAAUGCGGACGAUCUGUCCUGGACCGCUGUCAAACGACCAUUCGAGGCAGGCGUUGAAGGUGACGACGGUAUCCUUGAGCUGGAAGAGGUGGAGGAUGUAGAGGUCGUAUAUGAAGAGACUGAAAGAGGAAGGGUUGCCCGGUUCAACGUCCUAGAGCGGGAAACGAGUGCCCAAGCAUCCGACGAAGAGGCCGAAUCUCCUGAGCAAGAGACAGAAGAUGAGGAUCGUUCAGUGCUUGAGGAUGUCAUUCUUGACUUCAAGUGGAAUAGCCUCUCAAUACAUCCUCAUCUUUUGCGCGCUCUCCACAGCAAAAAAUUUCUGGAGCCAACACCGAUACAGGCAGCAGCUAUUCCUUUUGCUAUUCAAGGUCGUGAUGUUGUUGGCGUAGCCCAGACAGGCUCCGGAAAAACACUGGCGUAUGGACUCCCAGUUCUUCAUUAUCUUCUCUCCAACCCUGCCUCAACCGCGCUUGCACAUCGUCCUGUGCGCGCCCUCAUCCUUGCACCUACUCGAGAACUUGCUCUACAAGUCUCCUCACAUCUCAACGAGUGCCUAAAUACCACCCACCAGGAGAAGAAGCAUGGCCAUAUAGCCAAGAAGCCGCCAAUGGUCAGCGUUGCUGCAAUUGUAGGUGGAAUGUCUUCUCAAAAGCAGCGCAGGGUUCUGGACAGAGGCGUCGACGUGCUAGUAGCGACCCCCGGUCGAUUAUGGGAUAUAAUGGAAGAUGACGACCAACUUUCUAGGGACAUCAAAGAACUGAAGUUCCUUGUUUUAGAUGAAGCCGAUAGGAUGAUAGAAAACGGUCACUUUGCCGAGUUGGAGAAUAUCCUUCGACUGACACUACGGCAGGAAAAUGAUGAGCAGAUUCCCGGUGACGGCCAAAUGUCGGAAUCAGAGAACGAAGAUGUCGAAGAGAGCAACGUGAUGCAGACAUUCGUAUUCUCGGCCACUCUAAGUAAGGAUUUGCAGCGGAAUGUCAAGAAGCGCACGCGACCCCGAACGGGAAAGAGGAAACACAGUAAUGUACCUGUCUCAACUCUAGACGAACUUCUUCUUCGUCUGGAUUUUCGAGAUCCCGAGCCUGAGGUGAUUGAUCUCAGUCCGAAAGGCGGCGUAGUUUCGACACUCAAGGAGAGCAAAAUUGAAUGUCUGUCUGCCGACAAGGAUGUGUAUCUCUACUACUUCCUCCUCAGGUACCCUGGUCGAUCUCUCGUCUUUCUUUCAUCGAUAGACGGGAUUCGGAGGCUUCUUCCACUAACAGAGUUCUUGAACGUCAAAGCGUACCCGCUCCACUCGCAGCUAGAGCAGCGACAACGCUUAAAGAACCUUGAUCGGUUCAAGUCCACACCUAAUUCGUGUUUAUUGGCUACCGACAUCGCUGCUAGAGGAUUGGAUAUCCCUUCAGUCGAUCAUGUUAUACACUAUCAGAUUCCGCGUUCCGCAGAUGUAUAUAUCCAUCGCAACGGACGAACUGCUCGUGCUAUGAUGUCUGGAUUUAGCAUGCUUUUGUGCGCUCCCGACGAACGAAGAGUUGUAAAAGCUUUGCUUGGUAGCAUCGGCCGGGAGGAAAACGAAGUGCCAGAAAUGUCUGUGGAGUUAGGGCUCCUCGAUAAACUCAAGCCGCGUGUACAGUUGGCGAGGCAGAUUGAGUCUGCUCACCACAAGGCAAAGAAAGCCAACCAUGAACGGAACUGGAUGAAGGAGACUGCCGAGGCUAUGGAGAUCGAGCUUGGUUCCGACUUUGACAGCGAGUCCGAAAGCGAAAAUGUAACAAAGCAGAAGCAGAAAGCAAAAAAUGCAAAGAUUGCCGCGAUGAAAGCUGAGCUAAAAGCGAUGCUGACUCAACCGCUUAUUGCAAAGGGUAUCUCAACUCGGUAUAUCACGUCGGGGAGCAGGCCCAUCGUCGAUGAUUUGAUUUCAGGCCAAUAUCACGAGGCAAUGUUAGGUGUGCGGAAAUCGGAAGCCAGGUCUGAUUUAACUCUUGCGAAGCAGAAGAAAAAGAAAAAGUCUGCUGCUAGUGUGGAAGACGGAGAUAACGGAAAAGAGUGGCAUGGCAUAGGGACAUAA